UUGGCGAGUCCGGCCCCCUCCCACCCCGGAAUGAGCGAAGAUGCACCUGCUGCUUUGGAGGGCGGCGGCUGCGCCCCUGCUAAUUGCGGCGCCUCCUCUGCCAUCCCCCAGCCCGGCACGGCCUCCAAGCCCUGGCGCAGCAAGUCGGUCAGUGUGAAGCACAGCGCCACGGCUGCCACGCUCGCGGUCAAGCCUCCGGCACCCGAGGCCCCCAGGCCCACCCCCGAAGCCCUGAAGCCAGCCCCCAACAAUCAGAGGUCCAUGCUGGAAAAACUGAAACUCUUCAACAGCAAGGGGGCUUCCAAGGUGGGUGAGGGCCCGGGGUCACGGGACACGAGCUGCGAGCGGCUGGAGAUCCUACCCAGCUUCGAAGAGAGCGAAGAGAUGGAGGCCGGCGGUCGCCCGCUGUCAGCGGCGGGCCCCACCUCCAACAGCCCCAAGAUCGCUCUCAAGGGCAUUGCCCAGAGAACUUUCAGCCGGGCGCUGACCAACAAGAAGAGUUCCCCGAAAGGCAGCGAGAAGGAAAAGGAGAGACAGCAGCGGGAGAAGGAGAAGGAGAAAAGCAAGGACCUCGCCAAGAGAGCCUCGGUGACAGAGAGGCCGGACCUCAAGGAGGGGCCGAGAGAAGACCUCAGCGGGGUGGCGGUGACCGAGAUGCCAAAAAAGUCCUCCAAGAUCGCCAGCUUCAUCCCCAAAGGGGGGAAGCUCAACAGUGCCAAGAAGGAGGCCCCGGCCCCUUCCCACAGUGGGAUACCAAAACCAGGAAUGAAGAGCAUGCCCGGGAAAUCCCCAAGUGCCCCCGCACCUUCCAAGGAUGGGGAGCGGAGCCGGGGUGGCAAGCCGAGCUCGGGGCUCCCCCAGCAGAAGCCCCAGCUGGACGGCAGACACUCCAGUUCCUCCUCCAGCCUGGCGUCCUCGGAAGGCAAAGCCCCAGGAGGGGCCACCCUGAAUCACAGCAUCAGCAGCCAGACUGUCAGUGGGUCCGUCGGGACCGCCCAGACCACGGGAAGCAAUACUGUCAGCGUCCAGCUACCUCAGCCCCAGCAAUACAGCCACCCCAACACUGCCACGGUGGCGCCUUUCCUGUACAGGUCCCAGACAGACACCGAAGGGAAUGUUACUGCCGAGUCCAGCUCAGGGGGUGUGACCGUGGAGCCGAGCCACUACAGCAAGAGUGGACAGCCUGCCCUGGAGGAACUCACUGGGGAAGAUCCAGAGGCUCGGCGGCUGCGGACAGUGAAGAACAUCGCUGAUCUGCGGCAGAAUUUGGAGGAGACCAUGUCCAGUUUACGGGGAACUCAGGUUACACACAGCACAUUGGAAACCACGUUUGACACCAAUGUCACCACGGAGAUCAGCGGGCGCAGUAUCCUCAGCUUGACGGGCAGGCCCACUCCCCUGUCCUGGAGGCUCGGCCAGUCCAGCCCUCGGCUGCAGGCGGGAGACGCCCCCUCGAUGGGCAACGGGUACCCGCCCCGAGCCAACGCCAGCCGCUUCAUCAACACCGAGUCGGGCCGCUACAUGUACUCUGCCCCCCUGCGGAGGCAGCUGGCCUCCAGGGGCAGCAGCGUCUGCCACGGGGACGUCUCGGACAAGGCAGGAGAUGAGAUGGACUUGGAGAGCAUCAGCAUGGACGCCCCCGGCUACAUGAGCGACGGGGACGUUCUGAGCAAGAACGUGCGGGCGGACGACAUCACGAGCGGGAGCUUAUAAACAUUGCUGAACUGUUGAGCACGCGGCUCGAUGGAUGAAGGAGCAGACCCAACCUCCCUGUAACAUGCGAAGUUGAGGCGAGUGAUGAGAUGAUGUCUGAGCCGGGCCGUGACCAUGUGUGGCCCAAGCCUUGGCUUCUUGUUUUUGCCACACUUCCAGAUCACUGUGGAAGCUGAACGAGCAUCCGUUUGCUCCCCUUCCUGUGAGUUCUUCAGAUGUUAACCCGGCUUGCCCAGAAGUCCUUCAAGACCUUCUCCCCCUCUAACAUUCUAAUAGAUAAAAUUACAGAUAAUAAAAAUUAGGCAUGGGCUUCCCUGGUGGCGCAGUGGUUGAGAAUCCGCCUGCCAAUGCAGGGGUCACAGGUUCGGGCCCCGGUCUGGGAAGAUCCCACAUGCCGCGGAGCGGCUAGGCCCAUGUGCCACAGCUACUGGGCCUGCGCGUCUGGAGCCUGUACUCUGCAACAAGAGAGGCCGCGACAGUGAGAGGCCCGCGCACCGCGAUGAAGAGCGGCCCCCACUCGCCGCAACUAGAGAAAGCCCUCGCACAGAAAUGAAGACCCAACACAGCCAUAAAUAAAUAAAUAAAUUUAUUUAUUUAUUUUAAAAAAAAUUAGGCAUGAUGAUCAUGCCACUCAUUUUCCUGAAUGUAAUGAUCAAGAACCCCAUGGGUGAGUCAAUGUUUUCAUAAUUUUAACAAUAGCUCAUUAUCCUACUAUGUGCCAAGCACUGUGCUAGGUGCUUUAUAUAUAUAUUAUUUUCUUCUGUCCUCACAGCAGUCCUUUGAGAUAGUUGAUAUCAUAAUCCCCAUCUUCUGGAGGAGUAAACUGAGGCUCAAGAAGGUUAAGUAACUUGCCCAAGUAGUUAAGAAGCAGAGCCCAGGGCUAGUUCCUUAACCAGCGUACUGCCCCAUCUUGCCCAGCAUUUUAUUGCUGUGUUGAAAUAGCACAGCCACUUGAGUUUAUUUCAAAAUUGAUUUACUUUUGCUUAGUUCUACCUGUCUUACUAGAAGUGUUCUUUCAUUUAAUUAGAAGCUUAGAGAUAGAGCUGCUUUGGCUUUUUGGCUGUUACUUUUAGAACCAUCCCAUAGUGAAAUCUUCAAAGACAGGAGCCACCAAACCCUUACAGUGUAACAUGUUUCUGCUAUUAUCCAAAUGGCUGGGAAACUUAAUGGCCUGAUAAAUCA